GAACUCUCUCGCGAGAAUUAGGAAGUACCGCGCUUGCGCACUGCAGUAGCGCCGGGUGGUGGAGGCUGGUCUGCUGUCGAGUGUGUAAGGGCAGACUGUGUGGUGGCCCCUGCGCUCCCCUGGGACUCGCCACCAUGAGCAGCACCUUAGCUAAGAUCGCGGAGAUAGAAGCCGAGAUGGCUCGGACUCAAAAGAACAAGGCGACAGCACACCACCUAGGGCUGCUAAAGGCUCGCCUUGCUAAGCUUCGUCGAGAACUCAUUACUCCAAAAGGUGGUGGUGGUGGUGGACCAGGAGAAGGUUUUGAUGUGGCCAAGACAGGUGAUGCUCGAAUUGGGUUUGUGGGUUUUCCAUCUGUGGGGAAGUCAACACUGCUCAGUAACCUGGCAGGGGUAUAUUCCGAGGUGGCAGCCUAUGAAUUCACUACUCUGACCACUGUGCCUGGUGUCAUCAGAUACAAAGGUGCCAAGAUCCAGCUCCUGGAUCUCCCAGGUAUCAUUGAAGGUGCCAAAGAUGGGAAAGGUAGAGGCCGUCAAGUCAUCGCAGUGGCCCGAACAUGUAACCUGAUCCUGAUUGUUCUGGAUGUCCUGAAACCCUUGGGACACAAGAAAAUAAUUGAAAAUGAGCUAGAGGGCUUUGGCAUUCGCUUGAACAGCAAACCCCCCAACAUUGGCUUUAAGAAGAAAGACAAGGGAGGCAUUAAUCUCACGGCCACUUGCCCUCAGAGUGAGCUGGAUGCUGAAACUGUGAAGAGCAUUCUGGCUGAAUACAAAAUUCAUAAUGCCGACGUGACUCUGCGUAGUGAUGCCACAGCUGAUGACCUCAUUGAUGUUGUGGAAGGAAAUAGAGUCUAUAUUCCCUGUAUCUAUGUGUUAAAUAAGAUUGACCAGAUCUCCAUUGAGGAAUUGGAUAUUAUCUAUAAGGUGCCUCACUGCGUACCUAUCUCAGCCCAUCACCGCUGGAAUUUUGAUGAUUUGUUGGAAAAGAUCUGGGACUAUCUGAAACUAGUGAGAAUUUACACCAAACCCAAAGGCCAGUUACCAGAUUAUACAUCUCCAGUGGUGCUGCCUUACUCCAGAACCACAGUGGAGGAUUUCUGCAUGAAGAUCCACAAAAAUCUUAUCAAAGAAUUUAAAUACGCUCUGGUCUGGGGUCUUUCUGUGAAACACAAUCCUCAGAAAGUGGGUAAAGACCAUACGUUGGAGGACGAGGAUGUCAUUCAGAUUGUGAAGAAGUGAAACCUCCCCCUUUCCCCAUCUGCUGGGCCAACCAUAGCAGCUUUCCCCAUGACCAAGCACCCUACCCUCAACUCCUUCUGGCUUUGGCAGCCACUGGAUCAGGAUUCCGGGGAGGGAAUUGGAGGCACCCAAACUGGAACUUCACUUGUCUUACCUUGGUGUCACCUUGUAUGUUGAACUGCAUAAAAGACCUGGUAGGCUGGUCAGCUACGUGCAUGCA